GGUCCCUGGCCAGCAGGUUCCGUUCCGCGUAUUUUGAUCCAGGUGGAAAAGCCGAAACAGCCGCAGCCAUGAGUCUCUCCGACAAAGACAAGCAGCAUGUCCAGUCGAUUUGGUCCAAAGCCUCUGGCAGGCUGGAGGACAUCGGCAACGAGGCUCUGUCCAGGAUGCUCAUCGUCUACCCCCAGACCAAGACCUACUUCGCCCACUGGAGUGACCUGAGCGCCGGGUCCGCUCAGGUGCGCGCACACGGAAAGGUCAUCAUGACCGCCGUCGGCGAUGCUGUCGGCCACCUCGGCGACCUCAAAGGCUUUCUGAGCCACCUCAGCGAGCUGCACGCUUACAAGCUGCGUGUGGACCCUGCCAACUUCAAGAUUCUGUCCCACAACAUCCUGGUGGCUCUGGCCAUUUACUUCCCUGCGGACUUCACCCCCGAGAUUCACGUCUCCUUCGACAAGUUCCUGGCCGCUCUGUCUCUGGCUCUGGCGGAGAAGUACCGCUAAGGCGCAGACACGGAGGAGCAUCGGGCAGAAUUCUGCGGAUCUGUCAAACGUUGUCAGUCAGAUGUUAUCUAAACAGUAAUAAAGAUAAUGCAGUGAAU